CAUGGCCUCUUCAGACGCUGAGAUGGCCGUCUUUGGGGAGGCAGCUCCCUACCUCCGGAAGUCAGAAAAGGAGAGAAUCGAGGCCCAGAACAAGCCUUUUGAUGCCAAGUCAUCAGUCUUUGUGGUGCAUGCUAAGGAAUCCUUUGUGAAAGGGACAAUCCAGAGCAGGGAAGGAGGGAAGGUCACGGUCAAGACCGAAGGUGGAGAAACUCUGACCGUGAAGGAAGACCAAGUCUUCUCCAUGAACCCUCCCAAGUACGACAAAAUUGAGGACAUGGCCAUGAUGACCCACCUCCACGAACCCGCUGUGCUGUAUAACCUCAAAGAGCGUUAUGCAGCCUGGAUGAUCUACACCUACUCGGGUCUCUUCUGUGUCACUGUCAACCCCUACAAGUGGCUGCCGGUGUACAACCCGGAGGUGGUGUUGGCCUACCGAGGCAAAAAGCGCCAGGAGGCCCCUCCCCACAUCUUCUCCAUCUCUGACAACGCCUAUCAGUUCAUGCUAACUGAUCGCGAGAACCAGUCAAUCCUGAUCACCGGAGAAUCCGGGGCAGGGAAGACUGUGAACACCAAGCGUGUCAUCCAGUACUUUGCAACAAUUGCAGCUAGUGGGGACAAGAAGAAGGAGGAGCAGCCGCAACAGGCGGGCAAAAUGCAGGGCACGCUUGAGGAUCAAAUCAUCAGCGCCAACCCCUUGCUGGAGGCCUUUGGAAAUGCCAAGACUGUGAGGAAUGACAACUCCUCACGCUUUUCUGCUGACAUUGAAACAUAUCUGCUGGAGAAGUCAAGGGUCACUUUCCAGCUCAAAGCGGAAAGAAGCUACCACAUAUUUUACCAGAUCAUGUCCAACAAGAAGCCGGAGCUAAUUGACAUGCUCCUCAUUACCACCAACCCCUAUGACUAUCAUUACGUAAGUCAAGGUGAAAUCACUGUUCCCAGCAUUGAUGACCAGGAGGAGUUAAUGGCUACAGAUAGUGCCAUUGACAUCCUGGGCUUCACUGCUGAUGAAAAGACGGCCAUUUACAAACUCACGGGGGCUGUCAUGCACUAUGGGAACUUGAAGUUCAAGCAGAAGCAACGAGAGGAGCAGGCAGAGCCAGAUGGCACAGAAGUUGCUGACAAAGCUGCCUAUCUGAUGGGUCUAAACUCAGCUGAUUUGCUCAAAGCCCUGUGCUAUCCCCGAGUCAAGGUUGGGAAUGAGUACGUGACAAAGGGUCAGACUGUGCAACAAGUUCAUAAUUCAGUGGGAGCUCUUGCAAAGGCUGUCUAUGAGAAGAUGUUCUUGUGGAUGGUUAUUCGCAUCAACCAACAGCUGGACACCAAACAACCCAGACAGUACUUCAUUGGUGUGCUGGACAUUGCUGGCUUUGAGAUCUUUGAUUUCAACAGCUUUGAACAGCUCUGCAUCAACUUCACAAAUGAGAAACUGCAACAGUUUUUCAAUCACCACAUGUUCGUGCUGGAGCAAGAAGAGUACAAGAAAGAAGGAAUUGAAUGGACAUUCAUUGACUUUGGGAUGGACCUGGCUGCUUGCAUUGAGCUCAUUGAGAAGCCCAUGGGCAUCUUCUCCAUC